GCAGAUAAAAACUUUGGCAGAUGAUGUGCGGGACAGAUUAACUAGUUUUAGGAAAUCUGGAGUCAAAAAGGAGAGACUACUUAUCCAGCACCCCAUCGACUCACCGGCCUCUAUUAAUGAAUUGCCAGUGGCUCAGCCACUGUUUGAUGAACGUUCAAUGAAUUUAUCAGAAAAAGAAGUGAUGGACCUAUUUGAGAAAAUGAUGGAAGACAUGAAUCUAAAUGAAGAACGGAAAGCUCCUUUACGGAAUAAAGAUUUGACCACAAAACGUGAAAUGGUUGUCCAGUACAUUUCUGCAACUGCCAAAUCUAUAAUUGGAAGUAAAGUUCCGGGUGGCCUGAAAAACAGUAAACACGAGUGCACACUGUCGUCGCAGGAAUAUGUCCAUGAACUACGAUCGGGUAUCUCGGAAGAGAAACUUCUCAACUGCUUAGAAUCUCUGAGGGUUUCUUUGACAAGCAAUCCAGUAAGUUGGGUUAACAAUUUUGGACAUGAAGGCCUUGGGCUUCUCUUGGAUGUCCUUGAAAAACUCCUUGAUAAGAGGCAGCAAGAAAGUAUUGACAAGAAAAAUCAACAUAAGCUUAUACAGUGCCUCAAAGCGUUUAUGAAUAAUAAGUAUGGACUACAAAGAAUACUGGGAGACGAACGAAGCCUUCUCUUGCUUGCCAGAGCAAUUGAUCCAAAGCAACCAAACAUGAUGACUGAAACCGUGAAAAUACUCUCUGCCAUUUGUAUCGUUGGAGAAGAAAACAUGCUCGACAAAAUUUUAGGAGCUAUAACAAUUGCAGCUGAGAGGAAUAAUGGAGAACGAUUUGCUAAUAUAGUGGAAGGGCUCGAAAAUCAUGAAGCUCUGCAAUUACAGGUUGCCUGCAUGCAGUUCAUAAAUGCCCUCGUCACUUCUCCAGAAGAGCUUGAUUUUAGGGUACAUUUGAGAAAUGAAUUCCUGCGCUGUGGGCUAAAGAAAAUAUUACCAGACCUAAAAGAGAAGGAGAAUGAAGAACUUGAUAUUCAGUUGAAAGUAUUUGAUGAAAACAAAGAGGAAGAUUUAAUUGAAAUGGCCCAUCGUCUCAAUGACAUCAAAGUGGAAAUGGAUGAUAUGAAUGAAGUUUACCACUUGCUGUAUAAUAUGUUGAAAGAAACAACAUCAGAAAACUACUUUCUAUCAAUUUUACAGCAUUUGUUACUCAUUAGGAAUGAUUAUUAUGUACGCCCUCAGUAUUACAAGAUAAUAGAAGAAUGCAUUUCACAGAUAGUGUUGAACUGCAGUGGUAUGGACCCUGACUUCAAAUGUAGAGGAAGAUUGGAUGUAGACUUCACACAUCUUGUGGACAGCUGUGUGAACAAAGCAAAAGUUGAAGAAAGUGAGCAAAAAGCUGCUGAUUUUUCCAAAAAGUUUGAUGAAGAAUUCACAGCUCGUCAGGAAGCGCAGGCCGAGCUUCAAAUGCGUGAGGAGAAAAUCCGACAACUUGAAGCUGAAAUCCAGCAGUUGCGAACCCAGGGUUCCGCAUCUUCAAGUGGUGGUGCUCCCCCUCCUCCUCCCCCACCUCCUCCUCCAUUGCCAGGUGGUAUGGUUCCUGCUCCCCCGCCUCCUCCUCCUCCUCCUCCACCAUUACCUGGAGGUAUAGCACCUCCACCACCUCCUCCUCCUCCUCCUCCUAUGUUUGGAGGGGUGGGGCCACCACCACCACCUCCUUUUGGGGGGAUACCUUCUGUAGUAACUGCACCAGUGCUGCCUUUUGGGAUGAAGCCAAAGAAGAAAUUCAAUCUCGAUGUAACUAUGAAGAGAAUCAACUGGGCCAAGGUCGAACCGCAUGAAAUACAAGAACACUGUUUUUGGGUAAAAGCUAAGGAUGAAAAAUUUGAAAAUCCAGAUCUGUUUGCCAAACUGACACUCACUUUUGCCACACAGAAGAAGGGGAAAAAGACAGUGGAGAAUGUGGAGGAAAAUAAGAUAAUAAUGCCCAAGAAGAAAGUGAAAGAAUUAAGAAUAUUGGAUGGGAAGACUGCCCAAAAUUUGUCUAUUUUCCUGGGAUCUUUCCGCAUGCCUUACGAAGAAAUAAAACACAUUAUAUUAGAAGUAGAUGAAGCAAAACUAAGUGAAGCAUUAAUUCAGAACUUGGUUAAAAAUCUCCCUGAACAAAAAGAACUUAAUGCCUUAGCUGAACUGAAGAAUGAAUAUGAGGAUCUCUGUGAGUCAGAACAGUUUGGAGUUGUGAUGAGCUCAGUGAAACUGCUGCAGCCUCGUCUCAACGGGAUCCUUUUCAAGCUCACGUUUGAAGAGCACAUCAACAACAUCAAGCCAGGCAUCAUGGCUGUCACGAUCGCAUGUGAGGAGCUGAAGAAGAGUGAAAGCUUCACUAGGCUUUUAGAACUUGUGCUAAUGAUUGGGAACUACAUGAAUUCCGGCUCAAGAAAUGCCCAAUCGCUGGGUUUUAAUAUUAGUUUUCUUUGCAAGAUUAGAGACACAAAAUCAACCGAUCAAAAAACAACCCUGCUGCAUUUCCUGGCUGAUAUUUGUGAAGAGAAAUAUCAAGACAUCCUAAAAUUCCCCGAUGAACUUGAACAUGUAGAAAGUGCAAGCAAAGUUUCAGCUCAAAGUCUUAAAAGCAAUCUUGAUUCCAUGGGACACCAGAUACAGCGUUUGGAAAAUGACAUCAAGAAGUUCCCCAAAAUAGAAGAUCCUCAUGAUAAAUUUUUUGAAAAAAUGAUCAGUUUUGCCAAGAGUGCCAGAGAACAAUACGAAAAGUUAUCAAACAUGCAUAACAACAUGAUAAAGCUGUAUGAUAAUUUGGGAGACUAUUAUGCUUUUGAUUCCAAAUCUGUGACUGUUGAGGAAUUCUUUGGAGAUCUAAGUACAUUCCGGACAUUAUUUCUGGAAGCGUUGAAGGAAAACCAUAAAAGAAGAGAAAUGGAGGAAAAGACUAAGAGAGCCAAACUUGCCAAAGAAAAAGCAGAACGUGAGAAGUUGGAACGGCAGAAGAAGAAAAAGCAGUUGAUUGACAUGAAUAAAGAAGGGGAUGAGACAGGAGUGAUGGAUAAUCUGUUAGAAGCACUGCAGUCUGGAGAAGCCUUCAGGGAUCGCAGAAAACGAAUGCCAAGGCCUCAAGAUAACCGGAAAAUAACUAUAGAAAGAUCCCGUUCUCGUCAGAAUGGAACAAUCGCAGCGGUAUGAUCCCCAUCCUCCCUUGCCAAAAAACUGCUAUUUUGUUCACUUCGAAUGGAGAACAUGAUGUAGACAGAUCGUGAAGAGCAGCCGUGAGCAGAAGUUAAAAAUAUUUUUUACGAGGCUUCCUGUGUAGAAGAGAAAGAGAAAAACGACAACGACAUAGUGUAUAUUAUGAAGAAAAACUUCAAGAGCUAAAAGCAGUGUUAUAAAACGGCUCUAUUUCCUCUUCCUCCUCUUUUUCUCCUUUAGUAUUGCCAUUGUGAACAGGCAACCAAGGAUGCAGAUAUGAAUGAGGGAGCUAUUUGCAGCUCUCACGAACGAUGGGAAUGAUAUUUUUUUUUCCCAGUUUAAAUUAACAGUAUCGAAAUAUCAGGUCAGCAAUUCAGUUUUAAUUCUUAUUUUGACAUAAAAGGAAACAAAAAAAAUCAGCAUAUUAAUGAAUUUAGACGAACUGAUGCAGUAGAUAAGACACUGUCUUUUGCAAACACAGGGGAACAGUAUCCUGUCAAUUUUUCUCGAUUCCUAUUUCAGGGUUUCAAGCAGAAUGGAUUCAGCUCUUUAAGUUUCAAUCAAAAGUUUAUUACAACUCUUCAGCCUCAGCGGUAGAAAGAUAUUUUUAGCUGCUUUAAAGCAAGAACAUAGGACUGAACCAAAGUCUGACUGCACCAUUUGCAAAUUCCACUAAAGAAGGAUUUUUAAAUUGGGCACAUAUAUAAACUUUACAUCUAUAGUUUGAAGGGGAGAAAUCCACACUACUUGUUUUAUCUUUGUUUAAUGUUUUGGAGUUUAAAUCUAUCGAUGAGUAAGGAAUCAGAAUUAGUUUUCUUUGGUUUACUCAAACAAAAUUUACACAAUUUGGGGGCUAGCAAAACACCACUCACAAGCAUAUUACUGCUCUAUGUAUUUGGACUAUUUUAUUAUUUGCAGCAAUUCUCACCAAUAAGUUUACAGAAGUAACUUUGAUGCACUUUGGAGAUGGCAAAGAAAAGCUGAUAUUACCAUUUUAAGUGUUAUUUGAAACCCAGGCAAACCAGCAACAAAAAUAUCACACCACAUCUAAGAUUCCUAAAUAGCUUUUUUUUUUUUUCCUUUUUCAAAACUUCUACCGUGUACAUCAAUUGUCUACAUUAAGGCAUGAAGUUUCCAUUUUAAUUUUCUGAAGUAUUUCUAUGCUUCAUAGAACAUCAAUCACAAAGCAAGUAUAAUAGAUACCUAUCUAUAUAUUCUUUGCUUAUUGAAACCUAUUGCUUCUGCAUGAGCUACAGAGGAAAUUGGCAAGUACAUAUGUCUGCCUUGUAGAGAGAUUAUAGAUAAAUAGAUCCUAUUAUAGAUUAAUUUCCUAUUAGACCAAGAAAAAAAUGAUUUACAAUACUGCCCACUCUUGUUACAAAGAAUACAGGGCAAGUUGAAAAACAUGGUUUACCUUCUUAUAGAUGUUAACCAAUUACAGUAGACAACUAGAUGUAAGAAUUCCAGCUAAUUAAGGGGGUCAGCCUUGUCUGAGGAGGUUUCAAUCUCUAAGUUCAAAACCUACACCUCAGUAGGUACUUUAUUAUCAAGCAAAGUUGUGGAGUUGUUUGUGUGGAACCAAUACCUUGAAGGCUUUACUUAUUAUAUAUGGCAUAAAGUUCAAAACCUCUUACUAAUUUCACAGGGAACUGAUACGAUCUGUUGUUUUGUAGAAAUAGGAUGUCAACUAGGCAAAGAGUAUCUUUGACAUAGUGCUACAAAUGUUUCCGACAAUCACUAAUAGUUUUACUAAAAAAGAAUUACUAAAAUUCUGAAGUCAUCUCUGUAAGAAUUUAUAAAUAAGCAAACAAUGAUGUUCCUAUCAGUCAGAUUUACAUUUCUCUAGCAUACACGUUGUUUAAUACAUAAAGUUCAAAAUGAUAACUUACGUGAAUGGCCAAAGUGUUUCCUGAUGUAUAGUGUUUACAAGUUAUACAUUAAAACUCAAAGAUGACAUAAGUCAUUUCCUACUAAUUGAAAGCCAAAACAUUCAUGCAAUUAUCAGAGCAUCUUAAAUAUAACUUCCUUUACUUGAUGCAGAAUUUUUUUCUGACCAUUACUGAUUUUGGCUAUGUUAUUUUUCAUUUUCUGACAUUUUGCUGGUGAGCCAACCAGUAGUUUGCAACUAGAGAUUUUAGAGAACAAAAAUGUAAAAUGGAACAAAUGCAGGAGAUCAUCUAAAUAUGUUCUGGUACUUUCUCAGCCCACUCACACUGCUGGAAUAUUUUUUUGUAAAUUAAAAGACAUGUACCUUAAUAAAGCAAAGAGAAAAAUAUAUAUUGUAAAUAGAGGAUAUUUGUAUUUAUAAAAAAAAUCCAAGAAGUAUUUUCUGAACUUCAUGUUGGAUUGUUGAAUCUUUUGAUACUUUCUAUUCACUUUAAACAUUCAAGGUUUUUUUGUAAAAAAAACAAAACAAGAAAACAGCAACCUUGAUUUUGCUAUUGAUGUGAUUCCUGUUUUGUCAUAUGUUUACUUGGUGACCUAGGAAAAUGUAGUCUAGAACUCAAAACAUCUUCCAAAUCUGCCUUGGCUUAUUUGCUAAUUUUAAGAAGGAAAAAGCACCAAAUUCAUUCAUUGCUUGCAAAUACACACCGAGACAAAUAAAUGCAUGGACAUUUGCAUGUACACACAUAUAACUCAUACAUAUUUGUGUACAGGGAAAGAUGUUUAAAAUAAUAAACUGAGGAAAAAAAGUCAGAAAUUAAUGGCAAGGCUUCAAAAUAUUCAAAGCAUAUAGAACUGUUUGUAAGUAUUAUUCUAAAACUAUCAUUAGGUGUAUGAAAGAAAGCUAAAUUCUGUGGUUUUAUACUGUUGUGCACACCAUAUACCAUACCACACACAUACACAUACACUUUCAUUUUUUUUAAAGUAAGUAAAUCAAAAGUAAGGUUUAGCCUAUACCAGUUGCUUUUCAAAUAAAGUUGCCCACAGGUGUUCAGGAGACUAUAAACAUAGUUUGUGCUUUGAUCCUGCAACCGUCAUACCCAGCAUCUAAGUGAUAGCGCAAAGGUGGAAAUAAAAAUUUGCUAAAAGCUCUUAUAGACAAUGCUGACUGAUGCUUUGUAAUCAAACCACUAUGAAAAAUUUAUAAAUAAGUCACCUUAAACGGCUUCUAGAUCUGUGUAAUAUAUGUAGAUGACUGUGACUGAAGUUUACCUGUCAGUGCUGACCACUAUGUACCAAUUCCUUCCCUCCUUCCCUUCCCUUCCUUCCUUCCUUCCUUCCUUCUUUCCUUCCUUUCCUUCCUCUCUCUCUCUCUUUCUCUCUCUCACACACAUGCACAACCUCUCUAAUGUUGUAUACCUAUAUAUACCCACAUGCAUACAUAUAUGCAUGCAUACAUGUUGUAUAUAGAUACUACCUCAGAAUGCUGUUUUUUUACACAUGAACUAUUCUUUUCUUCUCCUCCUCAAUUAAAAAAACAACAACCUAACCCUGGGUCAGAAAGUUUAAAUCUAAUGCAUCCUAAACCUGAAAAUCUGAAUUUGAACGAGACCACCGUGAAUGGAAGAAGAUAGUUUCUUUUUGUUUCUUCACCCACUAUUAUUUUAUUAUAGAAAUAGAGAUAAAGUAAAUAACACAUCUCCCAGUGUUGUCCCUUUCCUGUUAGGAUCUUGUCUCAUAGCAUAGCAGUCAGUACUGGAAGUGUGUGUGUGUGAGUGUGAGUGAAUGUAAGUGUAUAUCAGUAUAUUGAGGUCAUUUUCCCUUUCUACAGUUCUGCUUCCAGCAUUAUUCUGAAAUUGUAUUAAUAAUCACAAAUGCUAUUAUAAACAGUAAAUGCCUCACUAUAACACAUUAUAUCAACAUGUUAAGUAAGAGAGAGAUAAGGUACUUGCUAUGUAUAUUCUAACAUAUAUAAAACCAUGUAUACAAGCAGAAAUCUGGAAUAUUAUUAUUACUGUGCUCUAACACUUAAAAAAUGUUUCAUUUAGCAACUUAGUAGUGUGAGAGCUUCUGAUACUUCAUGGUUCCCACAUCUGAUUAAAUACCACUGAAAAAAUAACUACAAAAAAAAAUCUACUUGACACCAACUGUUUUCUGUGACCUGAUUCUAAUCUGAGCUCUGAUAUCUCAUUAAAUAAUCUUUUUGUUUCAAGCAAUUCUUCCACAUGCUUUUCAGAAUGCAUGACAUUCUUCAAAUCUUUAUAUUUGCUAGUAAUAGCCACAGAACUUUGCACUUUAAAAAAUUUGAAGAAAGAAUUUUGGAGCUGGGGAUAUAUAUAUGCUGAUCAUUUUUCCAUGUGCUUUGGGUGAACAGCUUUAAAAGCUGUAUUUAAAUUUCAAUCUAGUAAAAAUCAACUUCUAGGUCAGAUCUAUUUCAAUAUACAUUAACCAUAAAAUUCUCUUUUGGCUGGUAUUAAAUAUUUUUGAUAAGAAGAGUACAUUAUUAAUGUGCACUAAAAAGCCUAAAGUAUUUCUAUGUAAUGCCAACAUUCCUUAUUUGCAAAUGAAAACUUGUUUCAAUUAUUUUAGAGCUGGGUCAAACCACUGAUCUUCUAAACUUGUUUUAAAGAAAUUGCUUUUGCUUUCAAAUAUAUUGUAUAUAUUUAAUAUUUUUAACACCAUUAAAGAUUGGGGGGUGGGUUUGGAGGGAGGUUUGUUUUUGCUUGAUUAGAUAUAUAUUUGUUUAGAAUGGAGAAUGCCUUCUGUAAUAACUAAUUU